CUUGUUCCCACGGCGACAAGCCAGGAACCCUCGGCACUGUCACGUGACCUGCCUCAAUGACCCGGAAACCAAUGACAGGGCGCAGCCGGCUUUCUCCCAAUGUGGUGACGUCACCCGCUGUGCACUACCCUGGACCAGAGGACCAGUCUUGGGUUCUCGGACAUCAGCCUCCAAAGUCCACUACAUGAAGACCACCGAUGUUCUCAAGACCUUCCAGCAAAAAGAGUGCUGCACAAUCGCUGUCCCCAUAGACAAUACACUUUAAAUGUAUUGUUUGAAGGUCCUGAGGACAAUGCAGAGACGACACAGCAGCCUGACGGAUAACCCUCCUCCAGAAAGGAGUCGAGGUCAGAACCUUAGUGCUGAUACAAGUUUGGAGGAUGGAGUAUUUAAUGGAUUAAAACAAGACCCUCCUUCCUCUCAGCAUUUGUUCUCCAGUUUAGCUGGUCUCCAGCCUGGUCCCAUCACUGUGCAAUCUGGUUUAGUUCUGGGCUCUACAGCAGGAGGAGCUGAUGUUUUCAUCCAGAUGCCACCUCCAAUUAGAGAAGAAGCCAGUGGACGCUCGGAGACCAGCACCUUCUCUCACCAUCACCAUCAUCCCCACCACAGGCAGCAGCCCCAGCCACCAGUCCACCAUCAGCAGCAUCAUUUCCAGCACUCACAUUCCAGGCCUUCACUGCUGCAUGCAGCUACAACCGAACGUCACCGGGAGGAGAACAAUGAAGAAGCUGGCACUCCAGCACCAGCACUGUCUGAGCUCCGGGCCAUAGUUUCCUGGUUACAGAAGGGACUGCCAUUCAUUCUUAUUUUACUUGCUAAAGUCUGCUUCCAGCAUAAACUGGGCAUUGCUGUGUGCAUUGGGAUGGCCACUACUUUUGCUUACGCUAAUUCCUCUGUCAAACACCAGGUGUCUCUAAAGGAGAAGCGAUCUGUUUUUACCGUAUUUUGGAUCGUGGCCUUUUUAAUGGGGAACACUGUUUACCUGCUUUAUAGUUUCCGCUCUCAGCAGCUGUACUACAGUUUUAUCUUUCUGAAGCCAAACUUGGAGACCAUGGAUUUCUUUGAGCUCAUGUGGAUCGUGGGGAUCUCAGACUUUGUUCUGAAAUACAUCACAGUGUCUCUGAAGUGUCUUAUCCUCGCUCUUCCUAGGAUUGUGAUUGCUGUGAAAUCCAAGGGCAAGUUUUACCUGCUGAUUGAAGAGCUGAGCCAACUUGUUCGCUCCCUUGUGCCCAUACAGCUGUGGUAUAAAUACAUCAUAGGCGAAGAUCCUUCAAGCACAUAUUUCUUAGGAAGCAUCCUAAUAAUCCUGUACAGUUUGUGUAAGUCUUUUGACGUUUGUGGUCGUAUUGGAGGAUUAAGGAAAGCCUUAAGAAUUCUUUGUCAUGCACAGAAGUAUGGUGUCCGUGCCAGCAGCCAGCAGUGCAGUGAAGCAGGGGAUAUAUGCGCCAUUUGUCAGGCAGAUUUUAAAGAUCCCAUUAUCUUAAUAUGUCAGCACGUGUUUUGUGAAGAGUGCCUGUGUCUGUGGUUUGACAGAGAGAAAACUUGUCCCCUCUGCCGUUCUGUAGCUGUGGAAACGCUUCGCUUAUGGAAGGAUGGCUCCACAUCUGCUCACUUCCAGGUGUACUGACACAGUCGAAUGGAGCAAGCUACUACAUAUCACAACCAGUGUUGGCCAAGCAGCAUCAUCCUCCCAGCACCUUGAAUACAACUUGUGUGAUCCUCAGUCUAACUUCUUAUGUCUCUUAGGUUUCCCAUAUAUACCUCUAUUGUCAUCCCAAUGCAACACAUAGGGGUGUCCCAUGCAGAUGAUGCUUAAUCAUUACUGGCUUAAUGAAUGUGUUUAAUGAAUAUGAAGGGAUUCAAAUUCUGAAUCUUGAACAUGAUGUAUAAACAUUCCUGAUUAAGACAUACAUCUAGACAGUGUCCAUGCUUGCUUUAUCCUAUGAAGAACAUGUUCUGACCAAAUUACUAGAACAACAUUUUUGCAAAAUAAAUUGAGUAUGAAUAUGAUCCAUGCAAUCUAGGAUUGGAAAACUACUAAACUGAAGCAAACAAUUUAGUAGAGUGUGGAAAAUAUUCAAUGUCAAAACCCAUGAUCACAAAUAAAAAAGUUUCAGAA